AUGGACGGCGACGAGUUCGAGGUCGAGAAGAUAGUCGCGCACAAGUGGGACAAGCGCAAGAAAAAGAGAGUGUAUAAGGUGAGAUGGCUGGGCUUUGGCGAGUUCUACGAUACUUGGCAGACCGAGGCGGAUCUACGGAACGCCGACGAGUACUUGCGAAGCUACAAGAGAAAUCACGGCCUGGCCUAG